CAACAUUUUAGAUGAGAAAAAACAUUGCUGCUAUUUCUUAGAGCAAAAUAUCAAUGCAGUGCCUUGGGAAUAAAUUAAAAGCAUAUUGACAGGCCGGGUUAGCACCAUGGAUUUGCUUUUUUCCAUAUUUAGUUUCUUUGUUGACUGGGAUUUAAAGAGUCUGCUGUUAUUUGUGGUGGUUUUUAUCAUUACCGCAGAUUUGGUUAAAAACCGUCGACCAGUUGGCUUCCCUCCUGGACCCAGAGCUCUACCCAUUGUGGGCAACAUAUUCACAUGGGACCAAAGCAGGCCCCAUGAGAAGCUGAUGGAGUUGGCAAGGACUUAUGGAGAUGUAUUCAGCUUAAGAUUUGGUCAGAAAUGGUCAGUAGUGUUGAAUGGAUUUGAUACUAUUAAGGAGGCUCUGCUUACGAAGGGAGACAGCAUGGUGGACCGUCCCAAACUUGCUUUGCAGGAAGAAGUAACAGGUGGAUUAGGAAUAAUAUUUAGUAAUGGAGACAUCUGGAAACAACAGAGGCGUUUUGCACUUUCAACCCUCAAAUACUUUGGGUUUGGGAAAAAGUCUCUUGAACAUGUCAUCCUGGAUGAAUUCAGACAUUGUGCAGAAGAGUUCAGAGCUUAUAAAGAGAAGCCUGUAAAUCCACAUCUCAUCAUCAAUAACGCUGUCUCCAACAUCAUCUGCCACCUGGUCUUUGGUCACCGCUUCGAGUACGGGGAUGAGAAAUUCAGGAAACUGAUGCUACUGUUUGACAAGGCACUCCAGAUCGAAGCCUCUAUUUGGGCACAACUCUACAAUUCUUUUCCUCUGCUGAUGAGGCUGUUGCCUGGUCCACAUCAGACCGUCAAGCAGAUCUGGGGAGAUGUGAAGAGCUUCAUAAGAGAGGAGCUGAACCAGCACAAGGAGAACUGGGAUCCCACAGAACGCAGAGAUUACAUCGACUGUUACCUGCAGGAAAUUCAAAUGAAUGAGGGUCAGGAAGGCAACACAUUUGAUGAAGAAAACUUGAUCAUGUGUGUCUUGGAUUUGUUUGUGGCUGGCUCAGAAACUACAUCCACCACCCUGCGCUGGUCAUUUCUCUACAUGGCUAAAUAUCCUGAGAUUCAAGAGAAUGUCCAAGCCGAGAUAGACAGAGUGAUCGGACAAUCCAAACAGCCGUCUAUGGAGGAUCGUGCCAAUCUUCCCUACACAGAUGCUGUAAUCCAUGAGAUCCUUAGGAUGGGCAACAUAGCUCCUCUUGCCUUACCACAUUCUACCAACAAGGAAGUCCAGCUGGGAGGCUACACCAUCCCAAAGGGCAUACUCAUAGUUCCAAACUUGGCCUCAGUGCUGUUUGAUAAAAAAGAAUGGGAGACACCUUUGGAAUUUAAACCCGGACACUUCCUGAAUGAGGAGGGCAAGUUUGAAAAAAGAGCUGCUUUUAUCCCUUUUUCUGCCGGAAAGCGUCUGUGUCUUGGGGAGAACCUGGCCAGGGUUGAACUUUUCCUCUUCUUCACGUCCUUCAUGCAGCACUUCACAUUCUCAAUGCCAGCUGGAGUGGAGGCUGUCAUGGAUUACCGAGCAGGAAUCACUCUGGCACCAAAGCCAUAUGAAAUAUGUGUUAAGCCACGCUAACAUCAGCUUUGUUGUUUUUUUAAAGAAAGGGGUAAAAAGCUUACCUGCUAAUUCCUCUUUCCCAAAAUGUCCCUAAGUGAUUUUGCUGACGUGUAAAUAUGAGCCGAUUUAAGCAGUUUGAAUGCAUUUUAUGAAAACAACCUGACUGCAGACCUGCACUGUCAGGACCCUUCGUUGCAGACCUGCAAAAUGGGGUUCACUGCACUGUCAGGACUGCAAGUUCAUACUGGAAGUUGUUUUCAAAGCCUUCGGGAAUAGCGCCCAGGACGUGUUUGCUGGAUUAGAGUUUAUUACAGUGUGAAACUGAGCAUAGGAGCAGUUUAAAUUAUACAGUAAGAAAAAAAUCUUCAUAGGACAGCCAACCUCCAUUGUUGUUCAGAAAAUGUCUAAUAGACCGAAUGCCCUUUUCCAUCCAGUGAUCCAAAUACAGAGACUUAUAAGUUUCAAGCAUAACAACACUUGUUUGUGAAUGGAAGCUAGCUUCAGGGGGAGUUUAUCGAUGAUAGCUUUUACUUUAGGAAGGCUUCGAAUCAACUUUGCUUUUACUUUGAAAGUCUUCAAAUAAACAUCCGGUUUAAACAGCGCAGGAGACCUCACAAUGCAGCUCUGCAGCCAGGGUCCUGAAAGCGCAGCUCUGGGUCCUCAUAGUGCAGCUCUGGGUUCUCAUAGUGCAGCUCUGGGUCCACAUAGUGCAGCUCUGGGUUCUCAUAGUGCAGCUCUGGGUCCUCAUAGUGCAGCUCUGGGUCCUCAUAGUGCAGCUCUGGGUCCACAUAGUGCAGCUCUGGGUUCUCAUAGUGCAGCUCUGGGUCCUCAUAGUGCAGCUCUCGGUCCUCAUAGUGCAGCUCUGGGUCCUCAUAGUGCAGCUCUGGGUUCCCAUAGUGCAGUUCUGGGUCCCCACAGUGCAGGUCUGCAGGCAGAGCCCUAUUGAAAAAACAAACAAAAAAAGAAUCUUCAAUAUUGUGCAUUCAAAAUUUGAAGUCUUGGAUUUGAGAACUUCAUAUGGAAAAAAAUACCAUCAGAAAAAAUUGUCCAGGUAGUUUUGGGAGAGUAAUACUAAUUUGUUGCCCAUUAUUCAAAGGACAGGACCAGUGACUGAUCUAUUGAACUGAUUUUUUUUUUAAAUUGCAAACUCAGUGUGUGUGUAUAUAAUUUACCCAUUAAUUGGGGGGUCCAAGCAAAGACUAACCCCAAUGAUGGCCCUGCUGGGUUUUUAAGAAAACUCCUUUCUUUAAAAUGAAAAUAGAAGCACAGAAGAGGCUUGCAGAGUUGGCUCAAUUUAAACCCCAACAACAAAAUAAAAAUGUAUUUUAUCCAAAUAAACCAAAUUUGGUAAUGUUUAAGGUAUAAAAAUAUUGCUAGGUGGUUCUGGGCUUUUGUUUGCCUUUAGCCUUUGCUUUAAGUCUUUGCAGAGACAUUGUUAUUACCAUAAUUGUCACAAUUAUUCUACUAUUAUUAUUACUUGUAGUUAUAAUAGUAGAAUGUGUCUUGUAUUGGUAUGAGCUUGAGCAAGGAAUGAGAUCAGACAAAGAAAAAUGUAAAGUUGUGUUCAAAUUCUUUUAAUCAUAUAUUUUUUAUAACCAAAUUAUUUAGACGUACACUCUCUAAGUCUAAGUCUCUAUAUUGUGUCUUUGUAAUGACUGAAGCUUAUGUACUAACAAGAAGUAAACUGUCUUUACUUAUUUAAAAUGUUCAAGUCGAAUGACUUUUUAAAGCCAUUUACACUACAUUCAGUUAUUCACAUGCUGAUUGCAAGAUAGAUUUUAGCCAUAACUGAUCUGGGGCAAACUGAGAAAGGCAAAGCUUCCAUACAAGGGAGCCUCUGGGCCCUUUGACCACUAAAAGCAGGUAAGGUGGUUUCCUUGUUCCUCAAGGACAAAUUGACAGAGAUGGAUCAAGUGGGAGCUCAAACCAGCAGCCCAUCGGUUACAGGAUGAGUCCGUACCUCCUGAGCAACCUUUUCCCCUUUGACAAAAUAAUAACAGUCUCAAUUUCAGCUUUAAACUGGGUUUUGUCUAUUUUCUGGUUUUGGUUAACCCUUAAUAGGGCACUCAGUGAAAUACUUUGAAAAUCAAAAUUUUAAGCCAAUAGUUAGUUAGUUAUUGGAAUCCAGGACAAGACCUUAUUACCUUUGUAACAUUCAAAAAAUAUUGAUAUUUUGAUGGCAAAAAAUGAAUUUCAAUGUAAUAACAAGGAACGCCAACUUGCUUGAAUACAUUAAGAAAAAUAAAAAAAAUGAUUCUAUAAGAAAUUCAUGAAAAACACUGAGAGGGAAAGAAACACAUUUUUAUUUGGUACAACAUAACCUUAGAGGUUAAUGCUGAUACUGGCACUUAAAUUUUUUACUUAAUAAACCUAAAUAGUAUUGUUAACCAGGCUUAUUAACUUUUUUACUUUUCAAUUAGCUUUUUACCUUUUUUUUCUUUUUUCCAACUUAAUUUACAGUAGGUAAUAUAUCA